AAAGACUCAAACGACACUCGCUACUCUCUCACACACACACUUCACAAUCACAACUAUUCUUUCCAUCUCUCUCUCUAUCCGAAAGUGAAACCGUCUCUUCUCUCAAAACCCAAAGAACGCUGCUCUCACACACACUUCAACCCUCUCUUCUCUCCCAACCAAACUCGCUUUCACCAUUCUUUCGAAGCGAUUCAUGUUAUCCGAUUCGAUGUUAACAACUAAGACCAACCUCUUUCCAUAUUUUUCAAAUUUUUGUGUUGUUUUCUUUUUAAUUUGUUGUUACUUUGAUUUAGGGUUUUGAAUUUCUGAUUUCUUCCCCCUUUUCUAUUUUUCUUUGAAUCUGAUUUAGAACAAAACCCUUUUCUUUAAUUUGUUGUUCAAUUUGUGGUCAUAGGGUUCAGGUUGGAUUCCUUCUGUGAUCUUACCGGGUUAUGAUAACGCUUCACAUUCUGAGUUUCUCAAUACUCAAGGGAUUUUAUAACAAGAAAGGUUUCUCUUUUGUAGAUCUUUCGCAAGAAUCGUGUCAGGAGGAAAAGAUUUUGUAUAAAUUGAUAUCAGGAUUCAGGAGGAAAAGAAUCGUGUCUACUUGAAUUGUUACUAAUUUGAAAUACUGUGUUUCAUAUCAAGAUUUAGGGCACUCAUUCUUUGAUAAAUUUUGAACUCACUGGAUUUUAUUAUAUCAGCAUAACUGACCUUUGUUUAGUUUACCGUGUUGCAGGUUAUACGGGAUCGUAUUAUGAUAAUUCCAACUUCCAUUGCAACUGUGGUGAUCCCGAAUCUCUGUUCAUUCCUGUAACCAAAGUGAGUACAACAAGUAUAAUCAGGCAUGCAGCCGGUUGUGAAUAAUGCAGCAGCUGCUAAUAUGCCUUUGUCCCAGUAAACGGCUUCUUCACAAUCAAAAUAUAUAAGGGUCUGGGAGGUUGCUCAUAUGAUUCAAUCAGAGUCUGAUGCACAAAAGAGGGAUGAAUAUAUUCAACAUUUGAUGCAGCUCCCAAAUCAGAAAUGGAUGGAAAUCAUAGGUCAGACACAUCAAAAUGUUGAGUUUUUGAAGUAUCAAGAUGUAAUAUGGACGGUGGAUAAUAUAUUACAGAAUCACUCCACAUUACAGAUUAAGUGUUGUUUUAAUUCUUUUUAUUAUUAUUAUUAUUAUUAUUAUUAUUAUUAUUAUUAUAAAUUGCAUCAUUCAAAUAACAUUAUUCAGUUAUCUUUUUUUUUAGCUUAUAAGUUAUAGCAUCUUUUUUUUUAGCUUAUACGUUAUUGCAUCAUUCAAACAACAUUACUUGAUUUAGGGGACAUUUUGAUCAAUCUUUGUUUGUGGUUUCUCAAAGGCACUGGCUCACAUAUCUGAGUAGAAUAAUAUAAUUUUGAUAUACUAGAUGUAACUAUAUAUUCAUUAGCUAAGUCUGUGAUAGAGACUUGAUUGUGAAAGUGGGCCUUGACUUUGGCCCAAGACUAAGGUGUGAUGAGGUGGCAUGAGUGCAUGGAGAGCAUGAGGACUUACUCCACUAUAUAAGGAGUGUUAUGCAUAAGGAAUAACUUAGCUAGAAUUUCAGUUAGAAUUAAUGGGAUCACUUUUAGUGAUUUGGGGCACUUAGUGCUUUGGGGCUAGUAGACUCUCUACUAGUUUGUUACCUUUGUUAUUUUCAUUCUCCAUUUUCAUAAACUGUGUAAUUGUUCAACUGUUUCAAUCAAUACAAUUACAUAUUUCUCCAUUUCAAUCUUAUUUUCAUUAUUUGAGAUCUAGAGUUCCAUCAAUUGGUCCGACCUGCCGGAUCCGACGGAGAGCCAGUGAUGGAGGACGUUUGGACUAUGAAGAAGCAAUUACCAGAUUUUAUGGGGACCGAUCCUUUUGGCCGGAUCACUGCAGCUGAAAGGUUCUUUGAGAAGAAUGAAGUUCCCUCUCACGAUAAGCUUCAGUGGGCUUUUAUGAGCAUGGAAGAUAAAGAAGCGAUGAUGUGGUUUUAUUAUUGGUGUGAAGAGAAUCCAGAUGCAGACUGGAAUUCAUUUUCUAUAGCUAUGAUUAGAGAAUUUGGAGUACAAAUGGUGCAAAAUCAAGAAUCAGAGCCGAAGGAAACAAAAGGUGCAAAGUUAGAGGAGAACGAGUUCAAAUUCAGUGUUGAAUCAGAAGCAAAAGAUUACCAGACAAAAGCAAUGAAUGAGGUGCAAAGAGGAAAGGAGCAGGCAUUUCUCUUUGAGCCAUCGAAUGCCAACCUUUAUGUGGUGGCUAACGAGAACCAAAGAAUCAAAGCAGUUGCCGUUGAACUCCGACCUCCACCAGAACCGCCAAACGCCAAUUUACAUGCACGGAUCUCUUCAAGCUCCGAUCUGCAAAGAAGAAAGGAGAAGAUGCUUGUUCUCAAACCACCACCGGAGCCGCCAGAUGCCGAUUUGUUCGCGGCGGUCACGGAAAUCAAACAGAUCGGCGAUGUGAUGAACAUAAAGAAUGGAAUCGCACAGAUUCCGGUUGCUCCCAAACCACCUAUAAAACCGCCGUACACGGGAGCCGGUAUUGUGGUGACAAAUCGGAACUCGCAUGCGUCGACAUCAGAGAAGCAAGUUGUGGGAUGUCCGGCCACGAUCUCACCAAAACCACCAAAUCAUGUAGGCCUCACACAAUGCAAAAUUCUAUCUACAACAGCGGAUUCUCAUCUUCACAAAUCUGUGCCAUCCGUUUUGCACGUUAAUGAUUUAUUACACGUGUCAUCAUCAGGUCAGUGCACAUCCCUCCUUCUCUCUCAUGUGUCAUCCAAGGGACACCCUUUACCACUUGCUACCUAUCAUGGUUACACGAUGCAAUCAGAGCUGUCCAACACAAUAGAAUGUGAAUUGUGUCAAUAUUUUAAUCCAAUGAAUCAGACCCAAUAUAUUUUUGGUUUGAAUUUUAAGGAAGUGGCAAUAUGGGCUGGAAUAGAAUUACUGGGCUUUAAUAGCAACUGGGCCAUAAGAAAGGAUAAUGGGAAUUUGAAGCUUAGGAGGAAGGAUCACAUUUCAGCUCUACAUUACGAGAAAAAGGGGGUUUCAUCUGGAGAACAAUUAUCAAAUGCAGAAGACACUUCUUUAUUCUUCAAGUUCAUUGAAAAUAAUAACCUUGGCCAUUUUUCAAAACCUCGAGUGGCAGCUGAUAAAGAAAAUUACAAUUUUGUAAUAAAUCCCACCAAUGGUUCAUGUGAAUUUUCAACUAACUCUUUGAUGAUUCGAAUGGAUGAUCAUGAUGCACUCAUAAUUUGUGGGGGAGGAGUUGAAAGGUCCUCAAACAUUGAAAUAUUGCUGAGAGGUGAGAAUGUUCUUAUGUUCAUUAACAAGGAGAGUAGAGAGAGGAUCAUGAAUAGGAGACAUUUUUUCCGAGUAGCUCUUGCAUCAAAAAAUGUAAGAAUGGAAGUUAUGAAGCUUGACUUAAACUGGCUUGUGCUUAUUAUGUUAAGUGUUGUAAUUGGCUUGGCUUGUUGUGACGCUAAAAAUGUUGAGAUGGAGGCGAGUCCAGCAACUAAUGCAUUUUUAAGCUUGCAUUCAUGUAUUCAAGACAUGGCAGCAAAGGUACUAACAUUCCUUGUCAUUCACAAUGGGAUCCUUGAAGGGGAAUGUAGAAAGAAGAUAGCCACACUGAAUAGUCAAAACAACAAAAGGGAAGUCACAUCACUGAUGUCUACUCUUCAAUUUGAGAAUUGUACAAUAGAGGAUAUAGUAAAUGAUGGUGUGGUCUGGUUCUUGGGAAUUGCAGAGGAAACAAUAUUUCAUAUAUUGGAUGCUGCAAAUAAGUUUGCUCUUGUUUCAAUAUUCAAUGUAUUAGAUAUAUGGAAUGAUGUUUUGGUGACUGUUUUAGUUGAGAUGCAUAUGAAACAGGGGCAUAUUUCUUGUGCACAUGGGGUUGUGGUAUGGAAGGCAUUGAUAGGAAUGUAUGGAAGGAAGGGAGAAUGUGAGUAUGCUUUUGAAAUGAUAUUCUUCUACUCAUCGGUGUUGACCAGACAAUGGGAUCCGGGGAAAUUUAAUGUUUUUUUGUCAAAUGCUGCUUAUGAAUUUUGUUGGAGAAUUGUCUUCAUUUCUCAUGGGGCUUGUAUCCAUAUUAUUGUAGAACCAUAUGAUCUUGCUUUGUGGAAUACAGUUAUAUGGGGGUAUGUAAGUGAAAGAAACUUUGUACUUCCUUUCAACAUGAUGUCGUGGCAUUAUUUUUUUUUGGUGAAGCAACAAUACUUGAUAGAAUUCAAUUUUCCAAUGGUAGUUGUUGCUGAUACUGAAGUUUGCUGGAGAAUGUUCUUCAUCUUUCAUAGAUUGCUCAACUUUGUAUUUGAUAGAGGCAAGUUGGAUGGAGGCAAAAUUUCAACCUUGAGGACAAGGUUGUUUGAAGGGGUGGGUAUUGAUAGAGACUUGAUUGUGAAAGUGGGCCUUGACUUUGGCCCAAGACUAAGGUGUGAUGAGGUGGCAUGAGUGCAUGGAGAGCAUGAGGACUUACUCCACUAUAUAAGGAGUGUUAUGCAUAAGGAAUAACUUAGCUAGAAUUUCAGUUAGAAUUAAUGGGACCACUUUUAGUGAUUUGGGGCACUUAGUGCUUUGGGGCUAGUAGACUCUCUACUAGUUUGUUACCUUUGUUAUUUUCAUUCUCCAUUUUCAUAAACUGUGUAAUUGUUCAACUGUUUCAAUCAAUACAAUUACAUAUUUCUCCAUUUCAAUCUUAUUUUCAUUAUUUGAGAUCUAGAGUUCCAUCAGUCUGUUGUUUAGGUUUUCAUUCACUGAAUCUCGCUUGCUCUGUUUAGGUUUUCGAUUUCUUCAAUUUAGUUUUUCUUCCUUUUUUUAGCUUCUGUUCCAGUGUUUGAUUGGUUUGAUUGAUGCUAAAAGGUAGUGUUUUUGAUUGGUUUGGUUUUGAGCUAGUAUAAGAUAUUGGGAUUUGGCAUGAGUGGAUAAGAUGUGGAUUUUGCUCACAUGGAAGUUGUUUCUCUUAUAUCUGCUCCAAAGUAUCCAGAAAAACAGUUUGGGUACAUUUGUAACAUCAUUUGGUGCUUCUGCAGUUCUUACGUUUUGUAGAAUGCAGAUAUCAUAAUAAUGACAUGAAGUCAUGAACUGGUUAAUCCUUGAAUCUAGGCGAUAUUUUGGACAUGAAUCUACACAAUACUGGAGUAUUGAAGCAUUAAGUAUGUGAUAUAUUUUUCAUUUGUUUUACUUCUUUUAAUAGUAAUUUUUUUUGACUUGGAGACACAUAGUUGAUAGUAGAAUAUAUGAGGUACCUGAAAUGAGCUUUCUCCAGGGAUAUUGUUGUCAUAAUCAGUAGAAUUUGGUUAGAAUGUUAUUCUACAUUUAUUUUUGUUUUGGGUUUUGAAGAAAUGGUGGUAUGUUCAUGCACGAUGAGGCCACCCCGCAAUACACUGACCUGUUUGAUCAGACCACUCUCGGACAUCAAUUCAUCAAAGAUGAGUUUCGUAAGAUUCCAAGAGUUGUUUCCCAGAUUGAUCUGUUUGGCCAUUCUGCAGUUCAUGCUUACUUGCUUCGAGCGGAGGUACUACACAACGUAUGGACAUGUGGAGAAACUAGCAGAAGAAAUAAAGAAAGGAGCUGCUUCGGUGGAAGGCGUUGAGGCCAAUUUAUGGCAGGGAAGUAUCUGUUACACAUUUUCCAUUUCCUUCUGCACUCCGUGGCGUCACAUCAUAAAAUUGAGUAAUAGCUAAGGCUCAUUUUGUAGUUAACGAGUUUCUGACAUUGGAAUAUCCAUUAACCAUUUCCUGAACGAAAUUAACCGGCUAUAUGAACUGCGUUAACCACUUUAAAAACUUGUCGCUUAAGUUGUCUAAUUUAGCUUUACAAAAAAAAAAUAUCAUUUCUCUUCUAGAGCUUACUUGCUAGGUAAGAUGAGCGAGGCACCGAAAAGUGAUGUACAAAUCAACACCAUGAUGAACUCGUCGAGGCUAAUGGUUUUGUGAUCAUUAUCCACUUGUAGUACAAUUUUUGUUAUUAACGUCAAUAACUCAGGAUUGUUAGUUUUUUGAUCAUCAGCUUCAAAUGACAUUUUCUGUCUGAAUGCAAAUUCUUCCCAAUGUUUUUGAAUUUUUGCACACAAGCCAUUGUCAAUAUUGCAGAGUUGCUUUUGAACUAUGAAAACAGAAGUACUAUUGUGGGAAUGUCAGCUAAUGUGGAAAAAAAAACAAGUCAGCUAGAUUUACCUAACAAUGUUAAUUUUGCAUUGUUUUGAUAGGUACUACACCAUGUAUGGACAUGUGGAGAAACUAGCAGAAGAAAUAAAGAAAGGAGCUGCUUCGGUGGAAGGCGUUGACCCGUUGAGGCCAAUUUAUGGCAGGGAAGUAUUUGUUACACAUUAUCCAUUUCCUUCCGCACUCCGUGGCGUCACAUCAUAAAAUUGAGUAAUAGCUAAGGCUCAUUUUGUAGUUAACGAGUUUCUGACAUUGGAAUAUCCAUUAACCAUUUACUGAACGAAAUUAACCGGCUAUAUGAACUGUGUUAACCACUUUAAAAACUUGUUCGUAAGUUGUCUAAUUUAGCUUUACAAAAAAAAAAAUCAUUUCUCUUCCAGAGCUUACUUGCUAGGUAAGAUGAGCGAGGCACCAAAGAGUGAUGUACAAAUCAACACCCCAGAUGAACUCGCCGAGGCUAAUGGUUUUGUGAUCAUUAUCCACUUGUAGUACAAUUUUUGUUAUUAAUGUCUAUAACUCAGGAUUGUUAGUUUUUUGAUCAUCAGCUUCAAUUGAGAUUUUUUGUCUCAAUGCAAAUUCUUCCCAAUGUUUGUCCGGUUGUCCCUUUGCUUUUCGUCGACUGUGUAUAUAAAGGUGGCUUCAUCGCUUUCGCUUGUCUUUUUGUCUUGCAGAGCUUGUUUUGUUUCUUGUUUGGUUUGUUAUGAACUGAUUUGUUCUUCCUAUUUGUUUUAUUUCUAAUUUUUUCAGUUUUAUUGUGUAUCCAUUACUCUCAUAUUUCUUCAUGUUUGGCCUGUUUUUGUUGCAGGCAAGUUUCAUGUCCGACUUAUUUUUUUUUUGCAUACAAGGAAUUUGUCCUGAAUCACCAAGCUUUAGAGACAUUGACAUGCCACCAGUAGAAGUGCUCUCAAACUGUUCUUGUUAGGAUUAUGUACUUCCACGCAUUCCUAAUUGUUUGUAAUCAAAGGAGUACCACUUCAAGUCCACACUGGAUCUCUAGGCCACUGUGAAUAAACGGUGGUAUGUUCAUGCACGAUGAGGCCACCCUGCAAUACACUGACCUGUUUGAUCAGACCACUCCCGGACAUCAAUUCAUCAAAGAUGAGUUUCAUAAGAUUCCAAGAGUUGUUUGGCAGAUUGAUCCGUUUGGUCAUUCUGCAGUUCAUGCUUACUUUCUUGGAGCUGAGGUACUACUCCAAGUAUGGACAUGUGGAGAAACUAGCAGAAGAAAUAAAGAAAGGAGCUGUUUCGGUGGAAGGCGUUGAGGCCAAUUUAUGGCAGGGAAGUAUCUGUUACACAUUUUCCAUUUCCUUCCGCACUCCGUGGCAUCACAUCAUGAAAUUGAGUAAUAGCUAAGGCUCAUUUUGUAGUUAAUGAGUUUCUGACAUUGGAAUAUCCAUUAACAAUUUACUGAACGAAAUUAACCGGCUAUAUGAACUCCGCUAACCACUUUAAAAACUUGUCGCAUAAGUUGUCUAAUUUAGCUUUACAAAAAUAAAAAAAAAUCAUUUAUCUUCCAGAGCUUACUUGCUAAUAUGAAAUUAACUGCCUAUAAUAUAUGAACUGUGAGCUACCUGAGACAUUGCAUGAGGAAGUGCUUGGUAAGAUGAUCGAGGCACCAAAGAGGAAUGUACAAAUCAACACCCCAGAUGAACUCGCCGAGGCUGAUGGUUUUGUGUUUUGCUUCCCAACAAGAUUUGGAAUGAUGGCUGCUCAACUCAAAGCUUUUCUUGUUUAUGGAGAACACAACAGCAUGCAGGCAAGCCUGCUAGAAUCUUCGACAACACCGAUUCUCAAGGCGGCGAACAAGAGACUACAGCGUUAUACCGGGAUCGUAUUAUGGUAAUUCGAACUUCCAUUGCAACUGUGGUGAUCCCGAAUCUCUGUCAAUUCCUGAGCUGAAAAGUUUAGCUGGUCUAAAGAGGAAGUUAGCUGAUGAAGUAGGAAAAUGCAAAGAUUAUUAGAUGAAAUUUUCUGUAUGCCUAUGGUGUGACUGCCCUUUUUGGCCUGAUGAUCGUAUGUGCCGAUUGUGAGACCGUAGUGUAUGUCAAUGUCCAGAAAGUGAGUUCCCAGAGCCAUUUAAGAAGAAGCCUAAAUGCCUUCCAUUGAAUGAUCUUAUCCGUCAAGGGGACUCUAAACUUGUCUGCAUGCAGCACAUGGUCACUAUCAUUUACCGUUUGUUUCUCUUCAAUGUUCCAACGCUACUGCUUGAAACAGAUUGAUGGUUCAUGGAAGGUCAAGAAUGAGAACUUGUCUACAUUGUAUAAGGUGGCCAAAGAACUCAAGGAGAAAUUUGUGUCAUUCAAGAUCAGUCAUGUUCUAAGGGUACGUACCAGUUUACUGAACACUUGGUAUAUAUUAAUUUCAUUUGGCUUUUAUAGUUUAUAUUAGCUAUUUAUCAAGUAUCGUAAUCUUGCAAAUUAUCUAAAGUAGGAGAAAUAAGUGUUUUCAGUCAAAAAAUAUGAACAUGUAAUGCCUUCUGGAACUUCUUAAUGUUAUAAUUUUCCCCUUCAAAAGAUUUGUUUAUAUGAUACACAAAUUGUUGGAACCCGCUCAACCUAAGGGUAUUACCUAUUUAGUAUUUAAUACUAAAAAUCAAUGAGAUGAAGGUGGUAGUAUUUAGCGCACGAAUAGAAUAUAUAAUGAUAAAGAAUAGAAUGGAGUACUUUUUUAUUAUUCUUAGUUCCAAUCUUAUAGUGGAACCAAAAUAUAUUACUUUUUGAGCUCAUGUCCAAUUAUAUUCAAGUUAAAAUUAACCAAACAUAGAAUGGAAUCUAUAUGCUUUGUUCGUCCUUAGGUACACAUCAACUAAAUGCUAUGCAUUGCCUUCUUAGUGGUACAAAUAUGUUUUCAUUGAAUUCUAUAAAUGCACCAGCACCAUCCCCUUUCUGGUUGAAUUUGUUUUUUAAAUCGCUAUUUGUUGAUGACAUGAUGUGCAUAAUUUCCUAGAUGCUAAUUCUACUUCCUAGACAGGCCUACUAAAGUCAAGUCCUUCAUUGCAUAUGAAUGGUUUUCCCUUUAGGAAUCAUCUGUUUAAUGAAUCACUUCUUUCCUUUGAGAUUUAAUGUGUCGGGAAAGGGCCUCAUUUAAAACUUACACAUGCACAUUAAUAAGACUCCAGAUGCUUUUAUUUGUGCUUCAAAAAUAACUUUCUUUAUUCCUUCCUUUGUCAAGAACUUCAACUCUGACGCUGAUGCUCAAGCAAAUUUGGCCAUCCAUCUUGCUGAUGGCCAAGUUCAGGAAGAGUAUGUAGGUUAAUAAUUUAUUCAUGGCAGUUAAUGGUUAUGUUUUGGGUUUGUGGCAGAAUACCUACAAUUUACGGAUUCUUGUCACCGUUCUUUCAAACCUCAAGAUCGAAUAAUUUUGAAUUAGUCCUCUAUCACUCGUCAUGACCAUUUGACUAAUGUUUUGUAGUCCAAUGUAGUUUUACUGAUACAAGCUGGGCCCCAGCAGCCAGCAGUGCCAAUGGUAGUAAUUUUUACCAUCAGAGCUUUUCAAUUUCUGUCAGGUUGUGGAGUGAAAGGUUCCCACUAGCCACUUGAAAUUGGAUUUUGUGAUUUUCAAAUUUUCAUUCUUGGGAUAUAUGGUAGACCAGAAAUUCUUUAUUGUCUAUUGUAGACAUGAUUAUUAUUAGAAUUAAAUUAUUACACUAAUUAUGCUGCUUGUCUAUUGUGCUGUUUCAUUUCUUGUAAUAUUAAGCUAUUUUCACAAAAUAAAUGGAAUGCAAGAUUCUAGCUAA